GCGACAGAAAUCGUGCCGACGAUUGCAUCAGCUCCGCAAUUAGGAUGUGGCGCGAAAAUUUCACGAUGCGACGAUUCAUCUUGCGUGCGCAUCGCCAGGUAAACGGGGUAAACGGUAGUCGGUACCCUCUUCGUUUGCACGGCAGCAUGAUGACAUAACCUCUCAGAAUCGAGCUGUCCGCAACGGUGUCCCCAGCUGUGUCGCACAUGAGCCAGAUCGCCCACGUGGAUUUUCGUGCGACCGCGUUCAGAAUUUGAGAAAAGGAACGCUAACGAGGAAAACAUGACGACGGAGGACGCGCAGGUACAAGAACGUGUGUUAAACGGCAUCGCCGAAGACGAGGACGUCGUGACACCGUGGACGGUGACGAGCGUCAACGAUUCCGGGAUCGAUUAUGACAAGUUGAUUAAAAGAUUUGGAAGUUCUAGGAUAGAUGAUGAAUUAUUAGCUAGAUUUGAAAAGAUCACUGGCAAGAAACCACAUCGCUUUCUCAGAAGAGGCAUAUUCUUCUCCCACAGAGAUAUGCAUACUAUUCUGAACCUUUACGAGCAAGGAAAGCUCUUUUAUCUGUAUACAGGCAGAGGACCGAGCUCUGAUGCGAUGCAUCUGGGGCAUCUCAUACCUUUCAUGUUCUCUAAAUGGUUACAAGAAGUUUUCAACAUACCAUUAAUCAUACAGUUGACAGACGAUGAGAAAGCUAUAUGGAAGAAUCUAAAUAUAGAAGAUGCUAUUAAAUUGGCCUAUGCCAAUGCAAGAGACAUUAUUGCCUGUGGCUUUAAUCCCGAGAAAACCUUUAUUUUUUCCAACUUGGAGCACAUAGGAAACAAUUCAGCAUUUUAUCAGAACAUGAUCAGGAUACAGAAAUGCGUGACAUUUAACCAGGUGAAGGGCAUUUUCGGUUUCGGCGAUAGCGAUCCGAUCGCGAAGAUCGCGUUCCCACCAACGCAGGCGGUACCGGCGAUCUCUGGUUCGUUUCCCUUUAUUUUCAAGAACGCUAAAGUGCACUGUCUGAUACCAUGCGCGAUCGAUCAGGAUCCAUACUUCCGCAUGACGAGGGACGUGGCGCCCAGGCUGGGUUUUCCCAAACCAGCAUUGUUGCAUGCGACCUUCUUCCCGGCAUUACAGGGCUCGAAGACAAAAAUGUCGGCGAGCGACAACAACACGGCAAUAUUCCUUACAGAUACCGCUAAGCAGAUCAAAAACAAGAUCAAUAAGCACGCGUUCUCGGGUGGUCAAGCCACUGUGGAAGAGCACAGACAGCUUGGUGGCAAUUGUGAGGUGGACAUAUCUUAUCAGUGGCUGCGAUUCUUCUUGGAAGACGACGAGCGUUUGGAACAAAUUAGGAAAGGCUAUACCAGCGGGGAGAUUUUGACAGGCGAGCUAAAGAAGGAGCUGAUCGACGUUCUACAGCGACUCGUCGCCGCGCAUCAAGAAGCGAAAAGUAGAGUAACGGAUGAAGUGAUUAAACAAUACAUGAUUCCUAGAGACCUUGGUUUCGAAAACAAAGUAACUGUUUAAUAAGCACCGAUUUAUGCGAACCAUCGCUUUCUAGAUUCUCCUACCUGCGUUGAAAAUCGAUUUAAAUCUAUUUAUUGCAAGACACGCAACUAUAGAAGAUUCUAUGAUCUUUUUCAAGCACCGCCUUUUGUUGAAAAAUUAAAUUAAUUUUCUAUUAAUCUGCCUCGCUUAUUAAAAGAAACCCUGUUGAAAAAUCCACGAAUUUUCAACUUUUCCCAAUUAUCGAAUAAACGUAAACACCUUUCACAGUUGCAUGGCGGACU